GGAUGGGGCCAGGUAGGGCUGUCUCUGUGGCCCUGCUAGGGUUCACCCUCCUGGGGUUGAUCUAUGGCGCGUUGCCCUUGAACCCGGAUGACCCUAACGUGUGUAGUCACUGGGAGAGUUAUGCUGUGACGGUCCAGGAGUCCUAUGCCCACCCCUUUGACCAGGUCUACUACACAAGAUGCACCGACAUCCUCACCUGGUUCAAAUGUACCAGACACAGGAUCAGCUAUAAGACAGCGUACCGUAGGGGUGUGAGGACUAUGUACAGAAGGCGUUCUCAGUGUUGCCCAGGCUUCUACGAGAACGGAGACCUGUGUGUCCGUAAACCUACUGGGAACCCAUUGGUGAUCUCACCUCAGACCUACUGGGACACCAUUGGUGAUCCCCCUGCUACUGGGAACCCAUUCGUGAUCUCACCUCAGACCUACUGGGAACCCAUUGGUGAUCUCACCUCAGACCUACUGGGAACCCAUUGGUGA